AACAGGGAAGAGACUGUUUAUAAGUGAGAGUGACAGCAGACAAACUACAAGAAGGCAGAGGGAGGUACCAAGGUCAUAAAAUAACUAAGAAAGGGACUCACAUACAGAGUAUUAGAGUGGAGACUGGCAGGGGGAAUAGUGAGGAGGAGGGACAGAGCAACACAGCAAGAGGUAAAGAGCUUAGUUGGAGAGACGGGGGGACAGGGUGAGCAGAGGGAGACAGAAGGACUGAGUGAGUAGAGGGAGACAGAAGGACUGAGUGAGUAGGGGGAGACAGAAGGACUGAGUGAGUAGGGGGAGACAGAAGGACAGAGUGAACAGAGAGAGACAGAGGGAGCAGAGGUAGACAGAAGAAGGACUGAGUGAGCAGAGGUAGACAGAAGGACUGAGUGAGUAGGGGGGGACAGGACAGAGUGAGUAGGGGGAGACAGAAGGACUGAGUGAGUAGGGGGAGACAGGACAGAGUGAGUAGGGGGAGACAGAAGGACUGAGUGAGAAGGGGGAGACAGAAGGACAGAGUGAACAGAGAGAGACAGAAGGACAGAGGGAGCAGAGGGAGACUGAAAAGGUAGUCAGCAUGAGCUCUGGAGCCUCACAAGAAAUGCACUCAAACCUUUCCCAAACUAGCCCACAAAUGAAGAGCAAAGGCAGAAAGAAGAUCCAGUUUUCAGUGUCGGUACCCCCAAGCCAAAUGGAUCCCAGAGCAGUGGAGAUGAUCCGGAGGCGCCGGCCCACCCCAGCCACACUUUUUCGAGUAUCUGAACCUCAGUCACCAGAUGAUGACCCCACAUUAUACCAGAAGCUGGCAGGAGAUGCCCAACCACUAAAGACAAAGCAAUCUGACCCUUGUCCCUACAUUCCUCCAUCAAUGAAAGCUGUCCAGCGCAUCGUACAGUCUCACAUGCAGGCCCUCGGUUCUCUUGCUGACAGUGAUGAUGAUGAUGAUGAUGAUGAUGAUGAUGAUGAUGAUGAUGAAGAGGUAAAUGAUGACACUAAAACUGGAACAGAAGAAACGUCUACAGAGCCCUCAAGCACUGAACCGGAGGAGUGCCUGGACUAUAGCGUGAAAGGUGAAAAAGAUACAGUGUGUGAAUAGCAACUUUGGAGCCGCUUUCAUGUCCACAUGUGACACUCUGCCUUACCUCUACAACCUGAAACCAAGCUGCUGGCACAUAACAUUAGCAUGACUCCAUCCUUCUUAUCAAAGCAAGCCAUUCAUCUCAGUGUGCCUCAUCCAGUUGGGGGAAGCACACAAUCUUGUAUAUUUAAAUGAAAUAGUCUGCUUUUGCCAAUUAAUAAAUUCUUUAGAACAC